CAUCGGAUGAUCACCUUUGUAUAUAAAAGACUAAGAAAACUACAUUCCAUCUGAGUUGUGUCUACUGCCGUUUAAGAUCUACACAUCAACAUCAACAUUUCUCCAGAAAAUCUCAAGUUCAGGACUAAUGAAUUAACUGGGAGUAUUUAAUCACUUGUUGUGACCCCCGCCGGCUCGGACCAGCAGUGAUGGAACCCGUGCCGGCGGCGGACCCGGCAGACGGCGCACAGGGAGGAGCGCCGCUGUUAGACCGCACAGGUGCUUGUUGUCAUGGAGGAGCAAAGAUGGCGGUCCUGGCCUAUAGCCUGGGUAAACGCGAAAUAAACCAUCACUUCACCAUCAGGAAUGCCAAACUGAUCUCGCUGGUACUCGUCAUCUCGCUGCUUGUGCUCCACACAGCGUCGCGGUACUAUGGAGGCGGAGACUCAUGUGAACGGCUGCUGUCCAAAGGACGCUACUUGGGGGAGAACGUAUGGCAGCCGUAUGGCUGCAUGAUGCACAAAUACAAAAGCAUUGAAGCCAAAACUUGCCUUGCUGAAAAGCGAGUGGCCUUUGUUGGUGAUUCACGAAUCAGGCAGCUAUUUUACUCCUUCAUCAAAAUUAUUGACCCUGAGCGAAGAGAAGAUGGAAACAAGCACGAGGACAUUUCCUUUGAAGUUGAGACUUCCUCUGUCAAUGUGGACUUUCUGUGGUAUCCAGAGGCAAAUAAUUCAAUGAAGGAGCGCUUGAUAUCAUGGACACACGAAGGUUCAGCAAAGCCAGAUGUUGUCAUCCUUGGAGCUGCAACAUGGUCCAUCAAGCUGCACAGUGGCAGCAGCGAGACGCUGGAGCAGUACAAAGCCAACCUGACAGCCAUCGCUGUGCACCUGGAGAAGCUGGCUGACCAUGGAGAGGUCUAUUGGGUCCUGCAAGACCCAGUGAAUGAGGAGGUGUUGAGUGAGAACAGGAAGAUGAUCACCAAUCAACAGCUGGAGCUGUACAAUGAAGUGGCGGCGGACGUGCUCAACAGCAGCAAGCGUAACGGCAGGUCCCGGGUCAAGCUGUUGGCUGCGUCCCGCCAGGCUGCGCUGGAAACUAUCACCCAGUCAGACGACGGCUUGCACCUGCCUGAGAGCACCAGGAAUGUGGGAGCCAUGGUCCUCAUGAACUCUCUCUGCAACAAGCUGCUGAGGCCCAUUGACGGCUCCUGCUGCCAGACGUUGCCACCCCUGAACCUCCUGCAGAAACUGUCAUUAUGUUUCUUCCUGGGCUCGGCCCUGGUCUAUCUGGUCUUCCACGUCCUCUGCAACAACCGUCACCGCCGACCUGUGCCAGCAGACGUAGAGAGCCUCGAGGAGAAGAAGCCAGCGACUGCAGCUGCCCCUCUGGGUCCAAAGGCGCUGUUCCAGGCCCUGUGCAGGAUGGGCAUCAUCAUGAUCUAUUUUUACCUUUGUGACAGAGCAGAUGUGUUCAUGAAAGAGCAGAAGUUCUACACUCACUCCACGUUCUUCAUCCCUCUUAUCUAUAUAUUUGUCCUGGGAGUGUUCUACAAUGAGAACAGCAAGGAGACAAAAUUACUCAACCGUGAGCAAACAGACGAGUGGAAAGGCUGGAUGCAGUUGGUCAUCCUCAUCUAUCACAUAUCUGGAGCCAGCGCUUUCAUUCCGGUGUACAUGCAUGUGCGGGUGCUGGUGGCAGCGUACCUCUUUCAGACUGGCUAUGGACACUUUUCCUUUUUCUGGCUUAAAGGAGACUUUGGACUGUAUAGAGUGUGCCAGGUACUUUUCCGUCUAAACUUCCUGGUCUUGGUGCUGUGUGUAGUAAUGGACAGACCCUACCAGUUCUAUUACUUUGUCCCAUUGGUCACCUUCUGGUUUGUCGUCAUCUACUCCACGCUGGCCAUGUGGCCUCAGAUCCUUCAGAAGAAGGCCAACAGUAGUGGCCUGUGGCACCUCGGGGUCUUGGCGAAGUUACUGGGUCUCCUGCUGUUCAUCUGCAUCUUUGCCUUUUCAGAGGGUUUCUUUGAGCAAAUCUUCUCUGUUUGGCCCAUCUCCAUGCUCUUUGAGCUGAAUGGAAGCGUCCACGAGUGGUGGUUCAGAUGGAAGCUGGACCGAUUUGCGGUGAUACACGGCAUGUUAUUUGCCUUCAUCUAUCUGGUGCUUCAGAAGCGCCAGGUUCUGUCCGAGAGCAAAGGGGAGGCGCUCUUCUCUCCCAAGAUCUCCAACCUGCUCCUCUUCCUCUCCGUCGUCUCCUUCAUAACCUACUCAAUAUGGGCCAGCAGCUGCAAAACCAAAACGGAGUGUAACGAGAUGCAUCCUUACAUCUCUGUGGUCCAGAUUCUGGCCUUCAUUCUCAUCAGGAACAUUCCCGGCUAUGCCCGCUCUAUAUAUAGCUCAUUCUUUGCGUGGUUUGGAAAGAUCUCCUUGGAGCUGUUCAUAUGCCAGUACCACAUCUGGCUGGCAGCAGACACCAAGGGGAUUUUGGUCCUGAUCCCAGGAAACCCUUCACUCAACAUCAUGGUCAGCACCUUCAUCUUUGUGUGUGUGGCUCAUGAGAUUUCCCUCAUCACCAAUGAUCUGGCCCAGGUGGUCAUCCCCAAAGACAGCGUGGCCCUGCUGAAGAGACUGGGGGCCGUUGGGAUCCUCAGUCUGGUUGUAUUACUGCUGCCCAGGAGCAGCAAGCCCACACCUGGUGCCUGAUGGAAACCUCUUGAUCGGGGUGGGGGGUUUGGGGGGCACAACAGACUCUCUAAGCCCCGGCUAAGGUUAGUCAAGAUCCAAGCCAGGAGCAGGCCUGGUUUAAGCCUACUGGUGGCCACAGGAGACAACCUCGACUGUGUUGAGGGACAACACAGGGACCCGUGGGAGAACAGUGUCUCUCUGUUGGCCAUGUUUGAGCAGAGUCUGUACUAUUUGAUUGCUGUGAAAGUCGCACACUGAAUAAAAGAAAAAAUGCUCAAAAAGAAGAUUACUCCUUUCAGGACAAAUUGCAAAAGAGAAAACGAAACGCUCAAAACGUUUACAUUAUCUGGAUUCUAAAGAAGAGCCGAGGAGACAUUUGGACAUUUUAUGUAAAAGAAAAAGAGGUUCUCAUUUUUAAGACCUCAUGCUUGCUGUGUGAAUUUUUGCAGCGUUGCUUCUAUUUAGCCAAACGCACUAAUAAGAAGUUUAUUUUGUCACAUACAGAACUUCCUAUCAUAACCUCACUCUGGAAGGGAUCAGUACGCACACGCUCCGUCCACAUGGCAGUAGCAGUUGAAGAUGUUUUCACUCAGGUGGACCCAUAAUCUACAUAUUCAGAUAUCUUAAAAAAAAUAAUAAAAAACAAAAAUCAACUGUGCUGCAUUUCACUAUCAAAAUGUCUUUUUGUACAGUAUUUCUGUGACUUCAAAAUAGUGUAGAUAUCUAAAUAUGCAAAAUAUGGACCAACAACUGGCUUGGGUGAUCUUAAAAACCAUCAAGACUUAAGUGAAAAUUUGGAGUGCAAUUGUUGAAACGUUUGACUAUCCCUCGACAUAUUUCUGUUAAUGUUUUUGUGAGUGAUUUUAGAAAUGUUCGCCUUGUGCUCAAAGGUACUGUGGUCGCCUGCUGUUGCGCUGAAAUUCUAUGUGAUAUGUACAGUAUUUAAUGAUUUAAAUUAAGCUUAUAUUUUAUACAGGUUUCUUUUUUUUUCUUUUGGCUUUGUUUAAUUUUGUACUUUGCGCUCAUGACUGCUGUUUGUGAAGGAAGUAUUACAUGGAUAGUUUUGUAGCCAUCCCAGCAUCUCAUAGAUGAUCAGUUGCCUCAGAGACGCAUUGCGGAGGUUGAGCCUUUAGAGUCCGACACUCGUCUUUCCUUUUAGCUCAAGAGACUUUAUUUUAUACAGCAAUGCUUCAGCCGUGUUUUUAUGUCAUUAAAAACAUGCCUCACUAGCUCUGGUGGGAAAUGCACUGGCUUGCACAUAUUUUUGGUACGAUAGGAAUAACCGCUAAAUUUACAUCCUCCCUCUGCCGUCACAAAUUCUUUUUAGCCGGCUAAUGAAAAAGUGAUUGACUGAAUGCCUUUGAACACGCGGCUUCUAUCGGUGACUUACACUUAAAGAACAUCAGUGAUGAAGCCUGGAGGCACUUUGCAUCAGGGCUUAGUCAACUUAAAAAAACAACCACUAAGUGAUGAGCUGAGAACACGUAUAACUGUCACUUACAGAAAAUAUUGUAUAUUUUGUCAGUUGACAAAUAGGUGAUGUCUCUUUGCCUAUAUAUUCUCACAGACUUUUAAGAGAUAUAUUAGCACUUUCAUUUUAAGACCUGCAUUUCUUUUAAUCUUUGCAGUGAAACACAAUGUUUAACAAGGUACCAGUGCAGAUACUUUCUGUACUUUAGCACAUUUUUAUUAGGUAAAUGUUUUGUCAAAGUCACUUGGCAAAUGUAUAUUAUCAAAGCUGAAUCGCUUCUAAAUUUAAGAAAUGUACUUCAUCUACCAUGGGGUAGUAAAAGAUUGCUUUGUCAAUCGAUUUUUUUUACACAUUAAUGUAGCUUCUGCUUAAAAGAAAAAGUUUCGCGAAUAAUUUCUUCUUGACUGUGGAACAAUUUGUCUACAGCUUUGGCAUCUUCUCGUGUCAUUUAUCUGAUGAUGUGCAGCCUCGGUUGUGUUCUCGACCUGAAUAAGAGCGAAGUAAAUUUGUAAUUUGUAAUUUCUAAUGUCAUCACCUCAUUGUAUUGAUGAAAAUGGCAUUUCCAUGUUGGGGUUUCCGUUGAUAUGUGAAGUUUACUGCUCCGUUUUCUCGUCUAUUACUGAUCAACAGCUAUAAAUUGGUUAAUUGUUUCAGGCCUUAAUAGAUCUUUUUGGUCCCGUAAAAGCAACAACUAUUUAUACCCCUGUGCAGGGCCUCUUUGAAAUAUGUUACAUGUGCAUUUUUUUGUGACGUCUUAAAAAUGUGAAAUGUAUCCAUUAUUUAUAAAUGCCUUUAUUCUGUUGUACAUUGUUAAUAAUACCUUCAUAAAAUGUGCUUUUUUUGGACAAAAAUAUACCUUUCAUGUCAU